GAGUUCAUCACCGCAGCCAAAGAAAAGCGUCUCCAUAUUGACGUACCAUGGAUGACGAAUAUCGGCUUUACACCUGUUGCCUGCCAUUCAGAUUCCUCCACCAGUGACCGCUUUUCAAGGGUACAUCCAGUGACGGGGACCAAUGCCAGGUACUCACUGUAUGACAGAUUUCAUCCAAAAAAAGUCAGAGGCACCCAGAAGAGCUCCUGAGGAGCCUUAAAAUUGCCCCCGACCUGGCAGUGCACCUGAAUUCAUCUGUCGCUGAGCAGCUGAACAGAGAGCUGGCUUCCAGUCGGUAUUUCCUCUGUCAAAUGAAGGAGGACAAUUACAUGUUCUCCCUUCGUCUUCUGUUCCACCUUCAUAAUGAGAAAAUAAAUGAAAAAUAUGUUCAUGCCAUCGAAGCUCAGAGCCACCUGCCCCUGCAUAUUGCAGCCACGGGAAGAUUGAGCUUUGAUGCUGAAGGUUCCAGUGGGUCCUCUGUCUGCCUCAGCGCACGCCCCAAACCUGCUGCUCCCCAUCAGAUGCCAGGCCAGGAGGCGGGUUCCAGUGGGUCCUCUGUCUGCCUCAGCGCACGCCCCAAACCUGCUGCUCCCCAUCAGAUGCCAGGCCAGGAGGCGGGUUCCAGUGGGUCCUCUGUCUGCCUCAGCGCACGCCCCAAACCUGCUGCUCCCCAUCAGAUGCCAGGCCAGGAGGCGGGUUCCAGUGGGUCCUCUGUCUGCCUCAGCGCACGCCCCAAACCUGCUGCUCCCCAUCAGAUGCCAGGCCAGGAGGCGGGUUCCAGUGGGUCCUCUGUCUGCCUCAGCGCAAGCCCCAAACCUUCUAUAACACAGCUAACGCCAUUCCAUGGGGAGGGUCUCUUCACUAUUGAGGAGCUAUCCCCGAGGCCACAGAUAAAGAUGAAGAGGCCUAGGAAGAGGGCCAGUGAAGCGUCGGCAGUCCUGACCUCUUCCCCACACAAGAGAGCUUUGGAGAAGAAGGCUGCCGCUCGACAAAACAAAGUAAUCCCAAAAAAGUUUGGGAGUAAAGGUAAAAACGCUAAGAAGCCAAGCAACCACCAGGAUGAGGACGCUGAAUGCCUUUACUGUUCGGAGCUAUUUUCGAUUAGUGGAGGGGAUUGGAUCAGAUGUGAGGGGUGCCAGAAAUGGGCUCAUACUGAAUGUUCCAAUGAGGUGGGAGGGGAAUUUAUAUGCGAGAUUUGUAUGGAAUGAAGGUUGUCUCUCUGUCAGUACGUCUCUCACUCUCCCUCGCCACCCCUCCCUCUCUCCCUCUCUAACAGUAUUUAUUAACUAUUUAUAUCUAUUUAUAUAAAUAUAUGUUAUAUAUUCUAACAUUAUCCAUUAUAUUUCUCUAUUUAUGUAUUUAUCUAUUUAUUUAUUGAUUGAUUGAUCUAUGCAGACAUUAAUGUGUUCUUGUUUGUACUAUUUUAUGUGAAUUGGAUGGAAUUUAUAUUUAUUACAGAGUGAAGGUGUGGUUGGUUGUUAGGGUUUUGAAAUCUUUGUGUUUCUGUGUUGGACUUUUCUGUUUUGUUACCUUUAUUUUAGUUCUAGUCUAAGGUCCUCCUGGUUUUACUGUCAUGUGUCAGCCCCGCCCCUCGUUUGU